AUGUGUAUCAACUAUCGACAGUUAAACAGGAUAACAGUCAAGAAUAAGUAUCCACUUCCUAGAAUCGAUGAGUUGUUUGACCAGUUACAAAGAGCCAAGGUUUUCUCGAAAAUCGACUUGAGAUCAGGGUACUACCAACUAAGGAUCAAGGCAGAAGAUGUACCCAAGACAGCUUUUCGUUCUCGAUACGGGCACUACGAAUUUCUAGUAAUGUUGUUCGGACUAACUAACACCCCAGCAGCUUUUAUGGAUACUAUGAAUCGAGUCUUCAGGCCAUUCCUGGAUAAGUUUGUGGCAUUCUUGGGGCAUGUAAUAUCGGUCGAAGGAAUAUCGGUCGACCCGGCCAAGAUAGUAGCUGUGUCGAAUUGGAAGAAACCUCAGUCGAUUACUGAAAUCAAGAGCUUCUUAGGAUUAGCCGGCUACUACAGGAAGUUCGUAGAAGGGUUUUCCAAGAUUGCAACACCCCUCACCAAGUUAACUCAGAAGGGGGUGAAGUUCGACUGGAGUGAGCGGUGCGAAGAAAGUUUUCAGACACUUAAGGAUAAGCUGAUAACCACUCCGGUACUAGCUAUGCCAAAUGGAUCAGGAGGAUUCAUGGUCUUCACUGACGCCUCGAGAAACGGUUUAGGGUGUGUGCUGAUGCAGCACGGUAGGGUCAUUGCCUACGGAUCUCGACAGCUCAAGAACCACGAGCGGAACUACCCGACUCACGAUUUGGAGUUGGGAAAUGAUGCUAUCUGGGUGAUAGUUGACAGACUAUCUAAGUUUGCUCAUUUCUUGGCCAUGAAAGUAAGCCAACCAAUAAGCAAAUUAGCUCAACAGGAUGUAAACGAGAUUGUCAGGUUACAUGGAGUACCUGUAAGCAUUGUAUCAGACCGCGACCCAAGCUACUACAACAGCAUUAAGAUGGCUCCCUAUGAAGCCCUGUACGGACGAAAAUGUAAAUCCCCGAUAUGCUGGACUGAGGUAGGUGAACGUCAAAUUUUGGGACCCGAGAUAGUUCAGAAAACGACAGAAAAGAUAAAAAUCAUUCAAGAGAGAAUUAAGGAAGCUCAGAAUCGCCAGAAAUCCUAUGCAGAUACAAGAAGAAGGAAAUUAGAGUUCCAAGUGGGCGACAAAGUAUACCUAAAGAUAUCUCCACUGAGAAUGGUGACUAGAAGCAACAAGAAAAAGGGCAAGUUAAGCCCCCGGUAUAUAGGUCCAUACGAUAUAGUGGAAAAAAUUAGACUAGUCGCUUAUCGACUUGCUCUACCGGUGGCCCUGUCAAACCUCCACGACGUGUUUCAUGUGUCGCAACUCCAUAAACACGAGCCCGAUCCCUCCCAAGUAAUGCCAGCUGAGGCUAUCGAGAUUCAAGAAAAUAUUUUGUACGUGGAGAAACCAGUAAACAUUUUGGAUCGUAGGGAUCAAGUUCUAAGGAAUAAGUCAAUUCCCUUGGUGCAAGUUUUGUGGAGAAACCCGACUGACAAAACAGUUCGUAAAGGAAUGGGAGAACCCGAAAACAGACCAUGUAGGAGUGACGUGCUCGUCGAUACGAGCUCGCUAUCAGGAGCUGCAGGUGCCGGAGCUGCAGGCGCCGGAGUCCCAUGCGCCGCCGGUGAAUCGAGGUGA